AUGGACGGUGCUUCUUCUCUCGUUACUGAUGACCUCCUCGACCCUCCUCCUCGAAUAUACGAGCGACUUCGUCAGAUAGCUGGAUAUACCUGGGAUGAAAGCCAGCUACCCUUCCACUCCUCAUAUGACUACUGGCAUGUAAUCGGCACCCGUUUCGUAUCGUCGGUGCCUUCCCCCUCUAGCUCCCACAAUGCCUCGAGUCCAGGAUCAGCUAUGAGGCACUCCGGCCGCCCGUCUCCCUCAGAACCAUAUGUCCAAAUAUCGCACAGUGACGGUUAUGAUACCCAGGCAAUCACACCACCUGCCUCCUCCUCGUCGAACAUACCAAGCGACUCCCCUUUUAUCGAAGAACAAGUGGUUGCUCGACUAUCUUAUCAUGCCUUACGAGAAGAGCGGGCAUUCCACAUUGCCAAAAGCUUAAUUGCCAAUUCGGACCCAACCGGGGAACAUAUUGUUAAACCCCUCGACUUAAUCAGGCUCAACCCUCUUCCUGGUGAUCGCGCGCCGGUUGUUGUAGCUAUAUACCAACAUCCUGGACCGAACUAUCUGCUCGAGGUGCUGGACAUGGGGCCAGCCUUCUAUAGAGCUCGUACCCACGGAGAGACAUUCACCUCGAUACGAAAGAAUGAACCUGAGUUGCAUGACCCAAUAUCAUUACAGUACUUUCUCGACUUUGCUAUAGGCGCGGCACAAUGUCUGGAACUACUCCACCAUAACCUCGGCAUGAUUCAUGGCGAGAUCAGAGGCGAUGCGUUCCACUUCAAUGUCGACACAGGGCAGGUCAAGGUCUUGUCUUUCGGUUCUGGGGUUCGAUCCUUCGAACAUGGCCUGACGAGUACAGGAUGGUCCACCCUUUCCAAAGAACUCGGAGCCCGGAACAAACUUUUAUAUAUAAGCCCUGAACAGACAGGACGAAUGCCAGCAGAGCCAGAUAGCCGUACCGAUAUCUACUCUCUGGGCGUCUUGUUUUGGACACUGCUGACCCAACAGCCUGUUUUUGAUGGCGACACCCCCCUCGACAUUGUGCAAGGCGUUCUAGGCCGAAGGAUACCGAACGUUUCUACUGUGAGACUUGACAUCCCUGACGUUGUUGGAAGGAUCAUUCAAAGAUGCACAGCCAAGAACGUCACAGAUCGUUAUCACUCGGCGAGCGGGCUCCGUCAUGAUUUGGUCAAAGUCCAGGAGUUCCUUGGUGAUGGGGACUGGUUGGCGCUUAAAGAGUGGAGGAUUGGAACCAAGGAUGUAUCUUCUUUCUUCAUGCUUCCCGCGAUCAUGAUCGGCCGGCAGCACGAGCAGGCAGAACUAAACAAGGUCAUUGAUCGCGUUGCGAAAAGCCACGCCAUGACCCUAAAGGGAAACACUAAUCGGUUCUCUGACGGCUCAAACUUAUCGAACGAUGUCGCUGCCUUUGAUGAUAUUUCUAGCGAGGGAGGGGCAAGCUCUGUAGAUGGUACCAACUAUAGGAGCGGUUCCUUUACUCAUACAGCCUCGUCAGACCCCAAGCUACCAAAGACCAGCUUUAACCCUCUGUACUCGGACACUCAGACCCUAUCAGGCGAUACAAUCUCUUCUUCACCUUCGGGUACCCUUACUCGAGUCGCCAAACCCUGGGAGAGACACCAGUCCAUCUCGAUCGAAACACGCAGUCUCAUCGACAGCCCUGGGCUUGAUUCUCAAAACCGCCAUAGUAUGGUGGAAUCGACAGCAUCUAGCCUUUCGCGACAGCUAGGCUCCGCCAAGUUUCGUCGUCGUGACCACUGCGAGGUUAUUACAGUUGAGGGUGCUGGAGGUCUUGGAAAGAGUUGUCUUGUUCAAAGCGUUUUAGCAGAUGCCAGGAGACGUGGUUAUUGUGCAACAGCCAAAUUUGACACCGCAAGGAGAACAGCAUUUGGACCUCUGCUUAAGCUGCUUUCGUCCCUGUUCAAGCAGGUCUGGGGAGAGAGGAACACAGAGACUCCUUUCCACCAGGGCCUCAAGCAGUUUGUUCGUCCCGUCUGGCCAAUGCUACACCGUCUGUUGGGACUUCCCGAAUUCCUUCUUGGACCCCCUGAAACAUCAAUUGGUCGAUCGAUAUCGUCAUCCUUGCAGUUCAGCUCGAAUAAAGGCAAUGGCAAGGCCAGCUUGAGGCGUCGAGGCUCAUCUCCUGGCAUCUCGCCUAAGCCAAUUGCAAGAAAUCCUAGCGUGGCUUCACAAUCGUCAUCAGAUUUUCUUCGUUCCGGCACAUCUACCAAGACUAUGCGAUUGAUGAACAUCUUUCUGGACGUCCUUCGAGUGUUUACCGCACACAAAUUCAUCUGUUUCUGCUUAGACGAUCUCCACUUUGCUGACGAUGAGUCUAUGGAACUCAUCUCCCAGAUCAUUGCGUCGAGGAUGAAAAUGGUCAUCAUCAUGACUUACCGAACGGAAGAAAUCACAUGGGAAAAGAUCCAGAGCAUGAUUCAUCUUCCCGAAAAUGAAGAAUUAUCCCGUUCCGGAGGUCCUUUGGUGACUCGGAUUGCCUUAUCACCACUUUCCGAGGACGAUAUUGUUCAGUAUGUGUCAACGACGCUUUGUCGGCCGAAGGAAGAAGUCUUGCCCCUUGCGCUGGUGCUGCAGUCCAAGACAGCGGGCAAUCCAUUCUAUAUGAGAGAGAUGCUGAGUGCUUGCCACCGUAAGAAGUGUAUCUGGUACGACUACAGGGACUGUCAAUGGCACUACGACCUCGACAGGCUCUUCGAGCAGUUCCAAGGGGAGAAGGAUUACGACAUUCUCGAUACAGGCUUUAUCACACGCAGAUUGUCAGAACUCCCUGCGGCGGCGCGAACUCUUCUGGCUUGGGCUGCGCUUAUUGGGAACUCAUUCUCGUUCGAACUCAUCUGUCACUUGAUGGGCGGUGAGUUUGAUUACCAUGACGAUGAAAAGGGCGCAUGCUGUGAAACAUUCACACACAAAACCUAUUCUCAGGGAGAAGCCAUUGCCGGACUUCAAGCAGCUAUUCAGGCCUACAUCAUAGUGCCCAGCGAGACCGAUGAUCGAUUUCGAUUUGCCCAUGACCGAUAUAUUCACGCGUCAGCAGAUCUGCAAGAGUGCAACUCGCGAAAAAUGCACUUCAUCAUUGCCCAGACACUCCAAAAAUACUACAGCAGCGAAAACAAACAGCUAGACAACACAUCUGCUCAUAUCUGCGCAGCGGUUGAUAUCAUCAAGAGACGAAUUUUCCAUCGUCGCCAAUACCGCAAACUAUUGACAAAUUGCGCUCAAGCCGCCGCUGAGAGUGGCGCAAAGCCCACAGCUGCGAAGUAUUACAACACAGCUGUAUCUCUUCUGCAAGAUGACCCCUGGACAGAAGACAAGGAAGACGUGUCUUACGACGAAACAAUGCAGCUCUAUCUUAGGGCAGCUGAGUGUUAUCUCUACAUGGGUCACUAUACUGCUGCGAACGAGGUCCUCGAUACCAUAUUCAAGAAUGGAAAGUCGUCAUUUGACAAAGCACCAGCGUAUGUCUUGCAGUCGAGAAUAUAUGCCCAAAGUGGCGACUCUGCUGCUGCUCUUGUUUCACUCAAAGAUUGCCUGAUUGGUCUUGGGGUUUCUCUGGAAGAUGAGCCAAGCUUUAAGAAGUGCGAUGAAAAGUUCGAACGAUUGUCAAUACAGAUACAAACAAUGGACCAAGGCGAACUUCUCAACUACAAGCAGGCAGAAGAUCCUAGUGUUACGGCUGUUGGAGCCGUGUUGGCUGAGACCAUCAGUGCUUCUUGGUGGAGCGACGGCUUACGAUACUAUCAUCUAACUCUGAUGAUGGUUGAGAUGCAUCUGGAAAGAGGUGCCUAUCCGCAGUCUGGAAUGGGAUUCCUUUACCUUUCAAUGAUCGCGCUGUCACGGUUCAACAUGACACAAUUCGCAGUGGAACUGAGCAACACAUCCCAGGAGCUCCUCUAUCAGUCCCGAGAUCCCUUCUUCCUCGCUCGUGGUUUGAUGCUCUAUUCAAUGUGUGUCGGACAUGUUCAUAUGACGAUGCCUAUGAUCACGGCACAGAUGGAGGAUGCGGUGGAGUAUGCAUCAGUCGCUGGUGACAGAAUAUCUACUAUAAUGAGUUACGGUGUAUCCGCGGUCUUCAAGUUUUUCAGCGGAGAGAACUGUUCAGAUCUCGAAGGAUUCUGUCAAUACGGCUGCGAGGAGAUCCCCAACUGGUAUUCUGAUUCUAGAGGUGGUUCACUUCUUAUUGCUGUGAAGCAACUUUGCCGGGCUCUUCAAGGCAAGACUCACAUCGACAAUGCGUUCGAAGUCAUGAGCGACGAGACACACAACACAGAGAACUACAAGAAGUGGCUGGUCAGCAACAGCAGAAAGAGUAACCGAUCAGUCACCUUCUAUGAGAGCUUUGAGAUCAUACCUUUGUUUCUUUACGGACAUUAUGAGCGUGCCAUAGAGGUCGGAGGUUAUGCCGUCGACCAGCUUAGUAUGCUUUGGUCAGCGCACAACAGUAGGUUGAUAUUGUUGUUCCAUGGCCUAGCGCGUGCUGGACACCUGCUGCAAAAGCUCCAGCUCCCCUGCUCGCCGACCGAAGACUUCACCUCGCAGGUCGAGGAGGUUAUCAAGGAUCUGCGCCACUAUGUGAAGAUGAUGGAUGAGUGGUGCACAGUCUCUGAAAUCAACUACUUAAGCUGGAUGAAGUUCCUCCAGGCGCAGAUAGAGGAGUUGUCUGAGCACCACGGAAACGCUAUUCAUCUUUACGAGCAUGCUUUGGAUCAUGCAACUGAGCAUGAUUCGGUCUUUGAUGAAGCUCUUGGAAAUUAUCUCAUGGCCGGUAUGUUCAUCCGACGAAGCGCUCGCCGAUCGGCUCGGGCAGCGCUUCUUGAAGCAGUUGGGUUGUUCAGGCAAAUGGGCGCCGUUGGCGUUUCGAAAGCUAUCGAGGAGGAACACAGCCUAUUAUUGCAUGGUCCUACAAGAAACCACCGGACCAGUGAUACUGGUGUGCAGACCGACUUUGUCGCCGAUACCACGUCCGUUCAGUAUCGUACCGCCGAUGCAGAUGAUGGCGGCGAUCUGACACAUGUCCCUUCUAACACCAUGAACAUGGCCGAUCUUAACAAGGGUGAGCGUAUAGGGGCAUGGCGGGGUUCGAUGAACAUGCAGGCCGAGCCUGGAGCGGGACUGCCUGCGCUCGAUAUGAUCGACCUGCACGCUAUUCUCGUCUCUUCGCAGGUCAUCUCGUCCGUGCUGCAAGUUGAUGAGUUAUUGAAGACUAUGUGCGAUGUCAUCCUCCAAACUUGCGGUGGCUCAGCCACCCUAGCUGCUAUUGUUGUCCAAGAGAACGAUGUGGAUACUUGGUGUGUAGCAGCCAGCGGUGAUCCUGAAAGGGGUGCCUCAGCUCAUAUACCUGGCAUACCCCUAUCAGGGACCUCGCUCAUCGCCGAGAACGUUGUUCUUUAUUCUACACGCUUCCUCGAGUCAGUCUUUGUUCCCGACUUGGUAUCUGACGAGAGAUUUGGCAACGUCAACGACUCCUGGCUUCGAAGAAACCCCGUUGGUAAGAGUAUCAUUGCAAUCCCAAUUUGCCAUGGGAACAAGCCACUGUUGGGUGUUCUCUACCUAGAAGGCGAGCCUGGCGCUUUCACAGAUCGCAACGUUAUUGUGCUCCAGCUUCUUGUCAACCAGAUUGGCAUCAGUUAUUCAAACGCGUUGGCGAUGAAGAAUGUCGAGAAGAUAUCUGCAGAGAACCGCUCUAUGGUGGCUGUGCAGAAGCGCGCACUUGCCAAGGCCCUCGAGGCCGAGACAAAGGCCAAGAAUGCCGAAACAGAGGCCAAGCGCAACGUCAAGCUCGCAGAAGAAGCGGCUAAGGCCAAAUCCAUUUUCUUGGCUAACGUCUCCCACGAGCUUCGUACUCCUCUCAAUGGCGUUAUUGGCAACUCGGAACUUCUUCGUGACAGCGAGCUAAACAAAGAUCAACUCGAGAUGGCCGACUCUAUUCGAGUCUCCGCCGAUCUGUUGCUGACCGUUAUCAAUGACAUUCUGGACUUCUCCAAGAUGGAGGCAGACAAGAUGAAACUAUACAUCAUCGCCUUCAACCCUGAAGACAUGGUCCGUGAAGUCGUUCGGGCCGUCUCAUACAGCAACCGGGAGAAGACGUCCAAGAAGAAUGUCAAGAUUGUACAGAACAUCAACCUGCCACCCAUGCUGAUUUAUGGCGACCCCAUCCGUCUUCAUCAGGUUUUGGGCAAUCUCAUUGGAAACAGUCUCAAGUUCACUGAAGAUGGUUCGAUCACUAUUGGUGCUCGACUUGACAAAGAAACAAAGGAACAUGCUACUCUCACUUUCUGGGUCCGAGAUACUGGCAUUGGCAUUCCUCCUCAACAGCUGGCCAAAUUGUUCCAACCCUUUAGCCAAGCGGAUGCCAGCACAGCAAGGAAGUAUGGUGGAAGCGGACUUGGUCUUAGUAUCUGCAAGUCUCUUAUCGAGACAAUGAUGAAGGGUAAGAUCCGACUCGAUAGCGAAGAAAACGUCGGCACAACAGCGUGGUUUACCGUCACGUUUGAGAAGGCCAAGCCUGAUGUCGCCGCAGGAGAUGCACAAACCAAAACUGCACCCUCGGCUGACCGAUAUUUUGCGGCCAACUCACCCCAGGAGCGAGCGGACUCGCCGAACCCUUAUUUGGACCUGUCCAAGGUGCCUAAGGACGAGAUUCGUAUUUGUGUCGCCGAGGACAACCCCAUCAAUCAGAAGAUUGCCAUACAAUACGUGCAGAGGCUAGGAUACAAGGGUGUUCAAGCAUACGACAAUGGCCUCAAGGCUGUCGAAGGUCUUCGCCAGAAGGCCAAGGAGGGCAAGCCAUACCAUGUGGUCUUGAUGGACGUCCAGAUGCCGAUUCUUGACGGUUAUGAGGCGACAAAGUUGAUUCGGAAGGACUCUUUAGAUGCAGUACGCACGAUUUUGGUUAUUGCCAUGACUGCUUCUGCCAUUCAAGGAGACCGAGAGAAGUGCUUGGCAGCUGGCAUGAACGACUAUCUCGCAAAACCUGUCAGGUCAGAGAUACUAAAAAAGAAACUGGACGCGUAUCUUAGUGUCGAGUACGCACCACCAAAGCCAGAACCUUCUCCUCCAGUCCCCCUCGAAUCAACACCCAGCCCACACACACAGUCAGGAGUAGCUAACAAAUCCGACUCAAUGUUUGUUCUCCCACCUGUGGUCAAACCAAGCGUUGUAGCUCGAGACCCGAUCAACGCCCCCAUGGACCCUAUGCAGGAAGAAGCAGUGUUCAACCAACCUGUCGACCCAACUGCAUUGCAAGCACAGGACAGCCCUGUCUACAGCAGAGAACAACCGGGACCUUCACCAUUAACCAUACGGGGCAGUUCACCCCAUUCCAUGCACAUGCCUCCUCCUAGCCGUGUAUCAAGUGAUGAUCGUUCCAUAGACACUGCUUCCAUUGCAGACAGUUCUACGUCGCAAUCCCAGAAGCGCAUUCCCCGGAAGCUUAUCAAAACCCGUCGCAGCAGCGAGUCAAAUAGCGAGCGACCGUCACUUGCUGGCGUCCCCAACGACAAGUCCAGGGGUGUUCUAAAGAAGCCCCAACGGCAGAGCACGACAAACCUCGUUGAAGAAGGGCGGAAGGCAGAAAAUAGUCUUUAUGGAUCGGGAAAGGAUUCCAGUAAACGCAGUAGUCUGACAUCGUCCGCUUCAUCGUUGAAGGACCGAAUUUUUCCCCACUAA